GAGCGCACAGCAACAAUGUCUGAUGAUCAGUACGAAAGUGUCUCGGGCAACACGCGAAGAAAUCGUUGUCUUUACAUAGUUCUCGGUGUGGUUCUUAUCUGUGUCCUGGUUGUCGGGGUAAGCCUAGGACUGGCAUUAUCACCGAAAGGUGUCAAAUCGGAAAUUUUACAGAGAUGUGAAACAUACAAAAAAUUGCACCCUGAAGUGUCGAGUGGGAAUGACUGUCAGAAGAUUUGGACCGCGUUUGAGCAAGCUUAUGUGGGGAGGAAUUCAUGUGAUGUUCCAGUGGAGAACUAUGACACUCUCAUACGCGCAGUCAAGCAAGAAAUUCAGUGCAACAAGACAUUGUUCUGGAGCAAGUCUAAGGACCUGGCACAUGCCUUCACAGAGAAGAGGAAGUGCAAGAUGACUCUGGAGGAUACACUGCUUGGAUACAUGCUGGAUGACCUCACAUGGUGCAGCAAACCAGACAGCAAAGAAACGUUCAGCUCCAACUGUCCUGGGUGGACUGACUGUGAGAAGAAUCCAGUCCGUUCCUUCUGGGUUCGGGCCUCUGCCAACCUUGCAGCGUCUACAUGUGGCCACGCGUCUGUUCUUCUGAGUGCAUCUGUUAACCCCCCAUACAACCAAAACAGUAUUUUCAGUAGUGUUGAGGUGCAGAACUUAAACCACAGUAUACUGGACAGCAUGGCAGCUUAUUUGGUUACCGAUGUGACAGACAAGACGAACUGCAAUGAUGCAUCUUUAGUGACACUGAAGAAUGACCUGCCACCAAAUGUGGAAUUCAGCUGCAAAGAAAUGCCAUUGUCUGACUUUCAGAUGUGCCUCUCAGACCUGGAUAAACCUUGUCUUGGCUGCCACUGAACUUGUCCAAUCGGCACCAAGAGAAACCGGGCAUCCACCACAACUCACCCAAUCAGAUAAACGCUCUGAAGAUCUUAGCCAAUUAUGAAUUAUUAUCAGUACUUAAUGUGAAUGAUCUUGAUUCUCAGGUGUCACUAAGGUCUUUGGGGCCCUUGUUUAAGGACUUAAGCCAGUAUGUUUAUCAUAAUUGUAUGUUUAUGACUUUAUUAGGUUGGUAUAAAUU